AUGGCAAACAAGGGCAUAACGGGCGAUCCUCUACGUGCCGGGGGAGCAUUUGAUGACCAGGAUAUGGAGGACUUGACUUCCCACCUAGCCAGCCUGCCGGUGGGUCGAGGCAGUCACGAUGGCUUGGAUCUUGGGGACAAUUCCGAGCUGUUGCAGGGCAAUAUGGAUCGCUUUCGGGCCCUGGCGGGGGACGACUCCAAUGACGAGCUCUUCAACAGCUACGGAGGUCUGGGGCUAGGACUGGGCCUCGGGAUCAGCGACUCAACCAUCAUAACAACCACCAACUACCCAACGUACGGCGACCUUGCCGCCGCCGGCAAGCCGCCGUCGUACGAGGAUUCCAUCAUGUACGAACAGGCGCCGCUGGGGAUGCUUGCCGCCGCUGCCGCUGCCGGAGGCGGUGGCGGUGGUACCGGUGGCGAUCCGUUGUCAAUGCGCGACCCUGAUGACCAGUAUCGCUUUGUUGGCGGCGGCGGCGGCGGCGGGGCCUCCGCCGCUGCUGCGGGCCCGUCAGCGCCCGCGGGAGGAAUGGGUUCAAAGCUGGCCCUGCCAAUGGGGGGCGAGGCAGCGGCGGCGGCGGCGGCGGUGGCCCCGCCGCCCGCCGGGAGCAUGGGUACAGGAGCAUCACAGCCGGCGGCGGCGGGGAGCGGGCCUGUUGUACGACAUCCCGCCGCCGCGAGUGGCCCGUCGGCAGCGCCUUCGCUGGGUCCCCUGGCAUUGCCCGGAUCUGGAAACUUUCGCCUGGAUGAUCUACAGGCGUUGUCCGCUCAGCUCCCCUCCCCAAGUACAGCCCCCGGUAGCUUGACGUCGCCGCCGCCGUCAGGCAAAGGUGGCGGCGACGGCCGUGGCGGCGGCGGCAGCUCGCAUAACGCCCAGAUCAUCACCGUCAGCGAGCCCAUUAAGAGAGAGCUGGGCGGAUUGUUCGGAAUUAAAGGCAAGUCGGUUAAAGAGUGGUUGGGAGUUAGAAGGAUUUAUGUUUUUGCCGGCGGUUAUGUGACCUACCUGGUGCAAGCCAAGGCUCGACCAGGAAAUGGAUCUGGACCCGGUCGCUCCGGAACCACUGUACGGCGGAGGUUCCGGGAGUUUGUGGCGCUGGCGGAGCUGCUGAAGGAGAAGUACCGAGGCUACUUCGUGCCCCCCCGGCCUGAGAAGAACGCGAUGGAGGGUCAGAGAAUGACGGACACGUUCGUGGAGGAGCGAAGGCUCGCGCUGGAGCGUUACCUAAACAAGCUCGCCCGCCACCCGGUCAUUGGGGCCAGCGAGGAGCUCCAAUUGUUCUUAGAGGUGGAUGGAGAGCUGGCGGACUGUGCGGCCUGGUUGGCAUUGAGACCCCCCUCAAUGGGGCUGGGGGGUUCCGUACUGGAGGGUACGGCAAAGUUUUCCAAGCAGGUCUUGGGAUUGGACAGGGCGGUCACGGAUCCCGUACAGGCAGCUCAACCCACGAAGAAGGCGACGGAUUUCAUGAGGGCGAUCAAGGAGACCGCCAGGAGUAUGCAGUCCCCCCCCUCCACCGCCUCCCUUCCCCCGGACGAGCUGGCUCUGGUACGAUCUCGCGAGGAGGUGGAGGCUCUCCAAGUGGGCCUUACCACGGCUAGCCGGGCGGCUGAGAAGUUUGUUUCCCGCCUGGACCGCUGGUCAGUGGUGAAUGGGGAGUUGGGGCUCGCGCUGUUGCAAAUGAGGAAUGCGGAGAAAGCGGAGGGAGUGGCUCUGGCUAACCACACCGGAACGCUCAAGCAGAGCGGCACCCUCAUGCACGACACGGAGCGAGUGGGUACGGCACUCGUACGAUCCAGUCGUAUUGGCCGGAAGGUAACGGGUCGCUGCGCCAUCGAGCUCGGCUGCCUGCACGAGUAUUUGGGUCUGAUGCCGGCCGCCCUGAAGGGCCUGCGGGCCCGCGAUAAGGCCCUCCUAACCGCCGACACGUUGCAAUCGGAUUUGGAGGCGCGGCGGAAAGCCAUUUCGGAACUGGAGGCGGCGGGAGCUAAAGUCUUUGGAGGAGAUGCCGCCAAGGCGAAAAGGGUGGUUGAGUUGAGCGGCGACGUGGCGGUGCUGGAGCAAUCCGUGGUGGCGGCGCAGGCGCGGUACGACAGGAUCAAGGAAGUUAACCAGCAGGAAGUGUCCCGGCUCCGCUCCGAGCUGCGGACUGAUAUGUUGGCCAUGUUGCAGCACUACGCAGCCAUCAUGUCGGCCUGCUCGCAGCGACAUUUGGAGAUAUGGCUGCAGGCGGCCGGGGAGCUUCAAGCCACAUCCGAUCAACUGCUGGCCGCCAAGUCAAUUUUGACGGGCGGUAGGGGACCGCCGGCAGCGGCAGCGGCAGCGGCAGCCGGGGGAGGGGGAGGAGGAGGAGGCGCCGGGCCAGUGCCCUCCGGGGCAUCCGCCGGGUCACAACCCCAGAAGCUACAGUCGCCGUCAGAGCGCUGCAACCACAAUAACCACCAUAACCACAACCAUCAAAACCAACAGCAGUUCGUGGCGGUCCCGCCGUCGUACGGCGGGUGUGGCGGCGGUAGCGGCAGUGGCAGCAGCAGCAGCAGCGCGGUGGCAGGGGGGAUUGCUGGCAGCGGCUUCAGUGGUGCGGUAUCACAACAGCAGCAGGCGGGAACGAAGGGGGGUUUGGGUUUUGGUUUCGGAUCUGGUUCAGUGUUGGGGGAGGUGGACCUGCAGGGAGGUGGCGGUGCGGUAGGAGGUGGAGGUGGAGAUUGUUAG